AAUCCUGCCUGGAUUAUGGUAUAAACUGGUACAGGAGAGGAGGAAGAGAUACUCUGGAGAGAGUUAAGGAGGAAGUCCUGCUAUUCAUUCUUGCAUCAAUCCAUCCGUCUUACCCCCCCACCAACCCUCUGGCGGCAUGUGAGAUUCUGGUUUUGGAUCCGCGAGGUCACCAGGAGCAGGAGGAACGACACUUUCUUUUGGGAAUAUGGCGCAUGCUUCCUGGAACUGCCACGCAACCGCGUGAAGACUGAAGUUUGCCCGGGACGUCCCGAGUCUUUGGUCGCCCUCCUUUUGUUUCCUGGGAUUUCCACUGAUCUAAGAGAAGAGAGGAAGCAUGGAUGAGAGGAGCGGAUGAUGGGAGGGGGAGGAAUCGCGUCCAGGGGCUCGGUGGAGUGGGAGGGGUAGGAAAAUGGCGGGAUUCCGCGGUGACCCCUCGUGCCCAGAAGUGACCUUUGACACCGGAGACAAAAGCUUGCCAGACUCUUGUGAACGCUGGGAUUACCUGCUCAGCUGACAUCCGAUCAUCAUUUUCCUCUUUUCUCGGUGGCAUUUUUUUAGUCAGCAUCGGUCACAUCUGAACUUCCUUCACCGACCCACAUGCCACUUUAAACCUUUGACGAGAUGACAUACGUGCAGCCAUGGCUGGACUGAUGCCGAUCGCAGCAGCUGCAGGGAUGAAGCACCAGUGUCUGGGAAACGCCGGGAAUGCCAUUAAACUGGACAGAAGUGGGCCACACGGAGCGAGGCCGAUGAUGCUGAUGUGGAUUAUCCUCUCCAGCUCUCUGUGCCUGAUGGUCGACGGACAGAUGAAGAUCCCACCAGAAACGGUGCAACAAUGGGCCGUGUCCUUUGGAAAAGAGAUAGCUGCUCUAUCUUCCAGAUACUCUGGAGCUAAACUUCUACAGAAGAAAUACAAGGACAUUGAGGGCGUGGUGAAGAUGGAAGAGGUGAACGGAGAAGAUCUGGUGAAAAAGUUUGCUGAGGAGAUGGAGCAGAUGCUCGGGAGGAAGAUGAAAUCUGUGAAGAGGUUGGCAGAGGCGGCAGAGGACGCUGAUCUUUAUCACGAGUACAAUGAAACAAUGGAGUUUGAGUAUUAUAACUCCAUUUUGAUCAACACGGUGGAUGAGGAUGGGAACCAGGUGCCGCUCGGUGGAGAGUUCGCCCUGGAGGAAAAUGAGCAUUUCAAUAAACUGCCAGUCAACACGCAACUGAGUAACAUACAAGUUCCGACAAAUGUUUACAACAGAGAUCCAGAUAUUCUGAACGGAGCCUACAUGUCCGAGGCUCUGAAUGAGGUUUUCAUCGACAACUUCCAGAAAGAUCCAACUCUCACCUGGCAGUACUUUGGCAGCGCCGCUGGCUUCUUCAGGCUGUAUCCAGGGAUCCAAUGGAUUCCGGAUGAAAAUGGCGUGGUCACCUUUGACUGCAGAAACAGAAACUGGUACAUCCAAGCAGCCACUUCUCCUAAAGACGUAGUAAUCGUGGUAGACGUCAGUGGCAGUAUGAAGGGACUCAGGCUGACAAUAGCCAAACACACCAUUAAUACCAUCCUGGACACACUGGGAGAAAAUGACUUUGUUAACAUCAUAGCUUACAGUGACUAUGUUCGUUACGUGGAGCCCUGCUUUAAGGGCACGCUGGUACAAGCCGAUCUGGAUAACAGAGAGCAUUUCAAGCUAUUGGUGGACGGGCUUCACGUCAAAGGAGAGGGCAAAGUGAAAAAGGCGAUGAAGGAGUCUUUCAAGAUCCUCAACGAGGCUGCCGCGCAGGGGCAGGGCAGCCUGUGUAACCAGGCCAUCAUGCUGAUAACAGACGGAGCCAUGGAGGACUUCCAAGACGUUUUUCAGGAGUUCAACUGGCCAGAUAAACGGGUUCGAGUGUUCACGUAUCUAAUCGGACGCGAGAUGACAUUUGCAGACAAUGUGAAAUGGAUCGCCUGCAACAAUAAGGGUUACUACACACACAUCUCCACGCUGGCUGACGUCCAGGAAAACGUUAUGGAGUAUCUCCAUGUUCUGAGCCGGCCCAUGGUCAUAAAUCACGACCACGACAUUAUCUGGACAGAGGCCUACAUGGACAGUGUGCUCCCAAAUGCGGCAGAGCUGUUCAACACUCAGGCACAAAGCCUCCUCCUGAUGACCUCAGUAGCCAUGCCGGUGUUCAGUAAGAAGCAAGAGACUUUGUCUCAUGGGAUUCUGCUGGGCGUGGUAGGAACUGAUGUGGCCUUAAGAGAGCUGAUGAGAUUGGCUCCGAGAUACAAGCUGGGUAUCCAUGGUUACGCCUACCUCAUUACCAAUAAUGGGUACAUCCUGUCUCAUCCUGACCUACGACCUCUGUAUAAAGAGGGCAAGAAACUGAAGCCUAAGCCCAACUACAACAGCGUUGAUCUGGCUGAGGUGGAGUGGGAGGACACUGAGGAAAAACUGAGGACAGCCAUGGUUAAAGGAGAAACUGGAACGCUGUCUUUGGAUGUGAGAACCUCAGUGGAUAAAGGAAGGCGAGUGAUGUUCUUGAAGAAUGACUACUUCUACACUGUCAUCAGCGAGACACCUUUCAGUCUUGGUAUAGUGUUAAGCAGAGGAUAUGGACAGUACAUCUUCUCAGGAAAUGUUUCUGUAGAGGAAGGUCUCCACGACUUGUUGGCUCCAGAUCUGACCAUAGCCAGCGACUGGACCUACUGUGAGACAGACAUUGACCCUGCACAUCGCAAGCUGAGCCAGCUGGAGGCUGUGAUACUAUACCUCACCGGCAAAGAACCAGACCUGGAGUGUGAUGGACAGCUGUUGCAACAAACUCUAUUUGACGCUGUGGUCACGGCUCCUAUGGAAGCUUACUGGACCGCCCUCAUGCUCAACUCAUCUGGUGUGGACGAGGGGGUAGAAACUGCUUUCUUGGGGACCCGAGCAGGCCUGUUGAGGUUCCAGAGGUACACUGGUAUUGAGAAAAGAGUCGCCAAGUCUUUCCUGACCUCCUCAGACAAGGAGAAUAUGUUCACACUGGACCAUUUCCCACUGUGGUACCGCAGAGCAUCUGAGUACCCAGCUGGACAGUUUCUGUACUACUUGCCCAGAGAGGAGACUAGAGCGGGGAGGAUUGUGAUUUCUACCACUGCCGUCACUGUGACCGUGGCCAAAAAAACUGCCAUCGCUGGAGCAAUUGGAGUGCAGAUGACACUGGAGGUGCUGGAGUCCAGAUUUUGGGCCAUCGCAGAACAGCCAAAUACUACCGAUUGUUCAGGCAUAGAGGGGGUUUGUCCUCUUCGCUGCAGCACCGUCGAUCUCGAGUGCUACGUGAUUGACAAUAAUGGCUUUGUCCUAAUUUCUAAACAGCGCAAAAAUGCGGGUCGGUUCUUCGGCGAGAUCGACGGAUCCGUCAUGACCACACUGAUCAGGAUGGGCAUGUUCAAAAGGGUGUCCUUGUUCGACUACCAGGCCAUGUGUAAGAUGAGCGCGCACUCGGUCAGCGGCGCCCGUCCACUUCUCAGUCCGUUCUACGUUUUGGCUUCGACCCUCAAGUGGUUCCUCUCCAACUUCCUACUGUUCCUCCUGGAGUUUAAUUUCUGCGGCUUCUGGCACGGAGAGCACUUCGCAGACGCCAAACCGUCUUACACCAGCUCCUCGACUCACAAGAAAAAAGGGGACAUCCUGCAGCCGUGUGACACCGAGUACCCCAGCUUCGUUUAUGAGCCGUCAGUCAAAGAGACCAACAGCAUUAUUAAGUGUGGACGAUGCCAGAAGAUGUUUGUAGUGCAGCAGAUUCCAGAGAGCAACCUGCUGAUGCUGGUGGUGCAGGCAGACUGUGACUGCUCCAGACACUACUCACCCAUCACCAUGGCGGCGGAGGAAGUCAAAUAUAACGCAUCAGUGAAGUGUGACCGGAUGAGGUCCCAGAAGAUUCGCAGACGCCCCGAGUCUUGCCACGCUUACCACCCGCAGGAGAACGCCAACGACUGCGGAGGGGCUUCAUUUAUACAUCUCUCAGCCCCUCUCCUGUUCGUCUGUCUCUCCUUGGCUGCGCUCGUUUCCUGAUGAAGGACGACUUUGCUGUUUCGCCGUUUCUAACAUGAACCAAGAGGUUGUGGGGGGAAAGAAAACAAAAAAAUCGAGAGCUCUGUUUGGACACCAUGAGCGGACUUUUUAAAGACGUUUUAAAGACGCGACGGCUCCAGACUUCUCUCGAGGGACCUUUUAAUGUCUUUUGUCACAUCUGAACUGAAAACAGCAAAAAAAAAAAAACUAAAAAAAAAAAAAAAGGAAAAACCAAGUCAGUGGCCUGUUGUUGCCAUGGAUACUUUUCCAUUAGGUAUUUUCUCAUGCACGACUUUGCAUUUCAGAACGAAAAGGGGACGAGGUGGUGGCUCUGACGUGCGCGGAUGAAAGGGCGCUGUGAGUUGUGAGGGCGUCACGCGAACAGAGCGGUGAAAAGAAGAACACGUUUCUCAUUUGCCAUAUAUCACGCUGAGCUGAGUAUUGCAGACGCACAUGCAUAUUAUAUAUGCCGCUGUAAGCAUGCACACUUCCAGUACACACAGACACAUCGGAGGCUUUAUCAUCCACAGUGCUUUUUUUUUUGAAAUUGCUUAAAAGUGGCUGCUGUGAGGCCGACAACAGCUGUACGGUGCUGGGGGAAACUUUUCCAUGACUGUCUGCAAUGUAACGGAUAACUGACAGUGGGUAAGAAGACGGCUCAGUGCCUCGGAAUAAGUCACAAUGGGCUAUAUAGAUGAAUUUAACAUCUACUGUAUACUGUAUAUAUUAUGAAUAUGUAAUAAAAUUAAACAUAUCUUUAAAACCGGAUCUUUUUUUUUUUGUUUUUCCAUCCCCCAAAAAAAAUGUUUGUCUGCCUUUUUGUCUUUAUCAACUGCAAAUUUCUGUGUAUCUUUACAUUUGUCUGUUUAUUCUGCUGAAGAAAUGCACUAAAGAUUUACACAGGGGCUACAAACAGUUUUUUUUUUUUUUUUUUUUUCAAUUUCACAGAAUCAUAAAUGUUCCUGAAAUUCAAUUACAUUUUCAUCACUGAAUCUGAUUCUUGAUUCUUUCCCGAAGUAACAGUGUAUUUUUUAUUAAUAUUAUUAUUAUUUCAUGACUAAAACAAAAGACAAUGCAAGCAGUCACUACUCAGCGUAAAUCUCAGUGUAAAUUAGUCCUAUUUUUGUAUUGCACUUGCUUGCGUCUUUUAUAUUUUUGCUCAGCGUUUCAUCAGAUUUUCGCCUCUGUGUGUCGGUACUGUUUUUUUUUUUAAUCACCUUACGAAGCAUGUCUUUAAGUUGCGGUUACUGUGAUGACAAACUUGCCUGGGAAUUUUGCUUGUUUUAACGCAACUGACUCAGAUUCAUAUCGUGUGUUUGUGUGAAUCAUCGCUGUGUGUUCUGCCUCGGUUUGGACAUGAAAGUAAUGUAAUUAUUCCGUGCAGUUUUCGUUUAUACAUUCCUCUGACCACACUGACUGACUGAAGCCAUGGUUUGUACGAAUUAAAAUAAACUGUCCACACGGUUUUUUUUACUCCA